AUGCAAAAUAUUCCUUCAAAUAACAAGCGCGUUAUGAAGCAAAGUCAAAAGCCUCGCAAAAAGCCUCUUCCUCAUCAUUCCAAAAUGUCUUCUCAGGUCAUUGAAAGUGGUGAUAAGGGAUCGAAUUAUAGUCCUUUGGGAUCCUAUACCUUGAUGCGUUAUCUUGUGGGUAAUGUAGCCGAAGUACAUACUUCAACACAUGUGUCUAUUGGUGUGAUUAAAGCUAUUUCACCCACGGGCGAUGUUGGUUUGAUGUCAGUCCGUACGGCACCCAUUGAAUCGGAGGAUGGACCUUAUACUAUUGAAAAGCAUAAGUGCAUUCCGCUCUCUGAGAUUAAACAUUUGGUGGCCCGAGACAUUAAACCUGCUAGUGUCCUCAAGGAUAAUAUUACAGCGGAAGAUUCGAGUCAUUUAAAUGAUUCUGACGGCGAAUUACAAAAAUUCUACGAAUCUCCCGGAGAAGGGGAUGCUUGUUCUUUGAACUCGGAAGAGGGCUUUCCUGUGGAUCAAAUGUUUAAAAUUAACAGGGAGAAAUAUAACGUUGUAUCAACGUAUAAAGAAAAUCUUGAGGGCUACACUUGUCCCUUGGAUAAAAGUGAUCCUGACUUCAAAAAGAAGGAGCAGUACUAUUCGAAAAUCGCAAAAGAGAUUGAAGAUGGUAAAAAUCUUGCUUCUAAUUGGGAGGCCAUGGCUGAAGGUGAUGUCGAAAGUGAGGAAGUUAAAUUCAGUGCGGUUAUGAAGGAGGGUGUUCAGGGAAGGGAGCUUAAAAAUACGUUUAAUCGUUCAAAUCGAAACAACAAAGGCAAUCGCGGUAACACACGCGCUUCUCUUCCUCGAGAGACAACGGAAUCUAACAAACUAUCCGUAAGGCCUAAUGCAUUUACCCUUCCAAGAGAGCAAUCCAAGUCGGUUCCGGAAACUGCUCUGAGCAAAUCUGAAAAGCCCACUCCAAAGGCAUCUCGUGUUACAACACCUGCUAUCUGUGAAACUCCAGAUAAAUCGGAGACCAAGGAAAAUUGCGAAAAUAAAAGUCCAAGUAAACUCGAUUUCGAUCCAGAUGCGCCUGUUUUUGAGCCUUCUCGCACUGUACCUGCCGAAUCAGCUGGAGAAUCUCCUGUUACAAGUUCUGUCACUGGUUCUGUUCAACCACAAGGUGUUGUGUCUAAUCCUACUUUUACUCAAUCACAGCAAGCCCUCCCUAAUGGAGUUCCCUCAACGCCCUCCUUUUCUACUCUUCCUUAUCCAAACCCCGGAUUACUGUCUUUCCCAUUCCGUCCAUCUGCUAACAUGAACCCUCAACAGAUGACCUUUAUGAACCAAUAUCCAUUUUUGAAUGCGGGUACUCAAAAUCAGAGGGGUAUUCGACCAAAUGCACCCGGUGGUUACUCAAAACAACGGCCACUGGAUCAGACAAACUCAGUACCAUUAUCUCUUCCUUUCCCGGGUUUUGGAUAUCCUCCGUAUACUCUUAGUGUUCCUUUUAUGGCUCCUGGUAAUGUUCCAUUGGGUCAUCCUUCUCUCGCCAUGGCUGGGUCAAUGCCUGUUGCUCCCACUGUACAGCAAUCAACUUCAGCUCAACCACUUACCGCGGCUACUGCUGGUCAAGCAUCUCAGACUGUGCAGUCUCCACCUCCUGUCCACGCAGGCACUGCCCAAUUUCAGGCACUUUUCAAUCCAACUCAAAAUCCGGCCUCCUACGGCACUCAGUAUCCUACUGCUGCGGGGGGUCAACCCGUUGGCUAUUAUCCCCAGUCUCUCACCGGCUAUCAGGCUGCUGCCGGGCUGAUGUAUCAUCCUGGCCAUCCUCAAGCUCACGGACAUGGUGGUCAGCAGCCUCUCAUACCUCAGCCCCUCCAAAUGCAAGCUAAUCCCGCUGCUCCAACACCCCAGCAGGGUGCCGCGGCUGCGGCGGCCUAUAAUCACUAUCAGGCUGCCGCUGUUGCUGCCAUGGCUUCACUAAUUUCUCAACAACAACAACAGCAAAAUGCCCCACCGACGGCAGCAUUUAUGCACCCUCAGCUUCAACAACUGCAAUACAUAGCUCAACAGCAACAAACGAAUAAUAAUGGCUAA